AUAUAUGUUUACAAAUUUCCGCAAACAUUCCUGCCACUACCUUACUCCGAGGGAUGAUUGUGCUUGGACAGAUGAUGAGGGCGAUGAGGAUGUGGGACUGAAGGACAAAGGUGGCCGAUAUGAAAGUUAUAUGCCAUGUGGGGAGAUGCUGGUUGUGAGUGUCACACUUCUGACAUUACCUUCUUCUAGUGAACAGGGAUCACAGGACACCUCCAAGAAGAGAAUACUUUACAGUGAAGAAGGGUCGCAAGAUACAAGAUCAGUGUUGAGCCCUACUCGCUAUGACCGACAGUUAUUGAAGGCAUUGGACAAAUCAAUGGUUUUCACCAACACCAUAUCAGAUUACUUUGAAGUUAGUCAACAAUUACCAGCUGAACCAACAUCAUCAAAGAAAAACUCCAGUUCAAGUUCAGUGCAACCUGGUAGUAUUAAACACAGGACACUGAAAAAAAUGUGAGUCGGGGCACAGACCAGUCAUUUUGUUGUGUCAUUGGUUCACUUUAUAUUUAAAAUAUCUAAAAAUUCUUUUUACUUUCAUUGUGAAAUGUAGACUAAAAGUCUGUCU